AUGCCACACAUCGAAAUGUUUGAAGCACGUUUAGAACAGGCCGGUCUCCUCAAAAGGGUCGUCGAUGCUAUCAAAGAUCUAGUCCAAGACUGCAACUUUGACUGCAAUGACUCUGGAAUCGCCCUCCAAGCCAUGGACAACUCCCACGUCGCCCUCGUCUCUAUGAUGUUGAAUGCAGACGCUUUCAGUCCCUACCGAUGCGAUCGCACAGUUGCUUUGGGCAUCAACCUUCUCUCACUCACCAAGGUCCUUCGCGCCGCUCAAAACGAGGAUAUCUUGACAUUGAAAGCAGAGGACUCGCCAGAUGUGGUCAACCUUAUGUUUGAGAGUUCCGAGACCGACCGUCUGAGUGAGUAUGAUAUUAAGCUUAUGGAUAUUGAUCAAGAGCAUUUGGCUAUUCCCGACACGGAUUAUGCGGCUACGGUCUCGAUGCCCUCUGUUGAGUUCCAGCGCAUUUGCAGAGAUUUGAAUGCGCUGUCCGAGUCUGUCGUCAUUGAAGCUACAAAGGAAGGCAUCAAAUUCUCCUGCCAAGGUGACAUUGGUAACGGCGCCGUGACCAUCCGCCAGCACACCAACGUGGAAGACCCCACCAAAAACGUGUCUAUUCAACUCACUGAGCCAGUCGCUCUUACCUUCUCCCUCAAAUACCUCGUCAACUUCUGCAAGGCCACCGCUUUGUCCGGCCAAGUUAAGCUCUGCCUUUCCCAGGAAGUUCCUCUGCAAGUGGAAUAUAGUCUGGCAGGUAGCGCAGGUAGUGCUGCUAGUGGUCACUUGCGUUUCUUCCUUGCUCCCAAGAUUGGCGACGAAGAAUAA